AAAUCAAACUGUCUUAUGGAAGACAGAUGGAAGAAGCGUGUCCCCACGGAAGAAUGGACUCUUCUGCUCCUGUUCCCAGAGCUUCAGAUUUGAGGAGCAAUGUGUCGUUACAGAGCUUGGUGUCAUUCGAGGACGUGGCCGUGGACUUCACCCGGGAGGAGUGGCAGGACCUGGACGAUGCCCAGCGGACGCUCUACAGAGACGUCAUGCUGGACAACUACAGCAGCCUCGUGUUUGUGGGACACUGCCUGGCCAAACCUGAGCUGAUCUUCAAGUUGGAACAAGGACUUGGGCCACGGAGGGUCGACGGCACACCUCGCCUCCCAGGCCUGCGCAGAGCAACCAUCCUGCUGAAGACAAGCCCGGAACAUCUGGACAGACCCUUGUGGCAGAUCACAAGCACCGCCUCGCCUGAAGCCAUGGCCGGGCGUAGGAACACACCUCACUCGCCCACAACUCGUCUUACAAACCAGAGCCCAAAGACCAGAAACCAUUCAAGACUGAGGCCCAAGGAGCCUCACGUGCGGCCCGGUGGGCGUGCCCAUGGCGAGUCCGAAAAGAUGCCCGCCAAUGAGGACGGCCAUGGUCCUGACGUCACUGAGCCGCUGGGCCUGCCCAGCAGCCAGGCUCGCGGUGCUCACCCGCCCCUGAAAUACUUGGGAUCAGGGAACUCCUUCAGCACAAAGGCGCUGUUACUGACCCCCAAGAAGUUUCGGAAGGGGGACAGCGCCAGGACGUUGAGGGGGUGUGGGAAAUCCCUGGGGAAGGUGGCACUGGCCACCCAAGGGAAGCCCUGGAUAGAAGAGAGGACGUUAGACCGUGAUGUCCGUGGGAUCAUGGUCCGCCCAACGUCUCCACGCAGAACCCGGGGGGGAACCCCCAAAGGAGAGAACUACGGACGCAGCAGUAGCGAGAGAUUGCUCCUGGCCCAACACGGAUCGUCUGCAGGUCCCGCGUCUCGCAGACGCAGGGAACGGAUGAAGUUCUUGGGGCAGAAGCCCGAGCGGCCUGGUCCUCGAAAGCUGGACACGGUGGAAAGACACUACACGUGCAAGGCGUGCGGGGAACGCUUCUACCAGAGGUCCCAGCUCAGCAGGCACCAGAAAAGCCACAAGGCGGAGAAGAGAUACGAAUGUCCAGAAUGCGGGAAGACGUUCUUCUUCGAGUCCAACCUGGCGGUUCACCGCCGGGCGCAUACGGGCGAGAAGCCCUUCGAGUGCGGGCAGUGCAGGAAAACGUUCAAGCAGAGAGGCCAUCUGACCGUGCACCAGAGAACGCACACGGGCGCCAAGCCCUACGCGUGCGGGGACUGCAGGAAGACCUUCCGACACAUCUCCUCGCUCACCAUCCACCAGAGGAUCCACACGGGCGAGAAGCCCUAUGAGUGCAAAGAGUGUCGGAAAACGUUCAACCGCCUGGCGUCCAUCACGGUCCACCUGCGGACCCACACCGGGGAGAAGCCGUACGGGUGCGACCGCUGCAGCAAAACCUUCAUCUCCAAAUCCAACCUCACCGUGCACCAGCGCUUCCACACCGGACACAAGCCGUACGAGUGCACCAUGUGCGGGAAAGCCUUCUUCUGCAAAUCCAACCUCACCUCCCAUCAGCGGAUCCACACCGGGGAGAAGCCCUACGUGUGCAGCACGUGCGGGAAGGCCUUCAAGCACUUCUCCUCGCUCACGGUGCACCAGCGAAUCCACACGGGCGAGAAGCCCUACGCGUGCCACGACUGCGGGAAGUCCUUUUACCGCCAGUCCCACCUCACCGUGCACCAGAGGACGCACACAGGCCACAAGCCCUACGCGUGCCAGCAGUGCGGGAAGACAUUCAACCAGCUGUCACACUUGACCGUGCACCAAAGGACCCACAGGCGACAGGCCCGGUGAGCCAGGGAGGUGGCCAAGGGAAAUGGUUGACAUCUCCCACUAUAAAGCCUAGAACUUAAUCAGGUUAAGAAAUACUGCCUCUCACAGAAAAAAAGGCAAAGUCUGUACUAAAAAAAAUAAAGCUGGGCACCGGUGGCUCACGCCUGUCAUUCU